AUGUCUGAACGAAAGGUCCUCACCAAGUACUACCCUCCCGAGUUUGAUCCCUCCAAGAUCGCCCGCACUCCCAAACACCUGCGACCGACCGGACCCAAGACCAUCCCCGUCCGCCUCAUGGCUCCUUUCAGCAUGAAAUGCACAUCCUGUGGCGAGUACAUCUAUAAAGGUCGCAAAUUCAACGCGCGGAAGGAGACAACCGAUGAGAAAUACUUGACCAUCUCCAUCUACCGCUUUUACAUCCGCUGCACCAGAUGUUCUUCUGAGAUCACUUUCAAGACCGACCCCAAGAACAUGGACUACACCGCCGAGCGAGGCGCAAAACGAAACUUUGAGUCAUGGCGAAACCCCGAGAAUCCAGAGCUGAAAGAGACCGACGAGGAGCGCUUGGACAGACUGGAAAGAGAGGAAGCUGAGGAGGAGGAAAAUGCCGAACGCAACGCCAUGGAGGAGCUGGAACAGAAGAUGGAGGAGAGCAAGCGGGAAAUGCAAGUCGCAGACGCCCUCGACGAGAUCAUGCAGCGGAAUGCCCGAAUCGAGCGUGGCGAGAAGGGUGGCAAGGAGGACGAGGCUCUCACUCAAGUAAGAGAUCUCCAAAGAGAGGAGAGAGAACGACAAGAACAGGAGGACGCCGAAGCUGCCCGCAAGGCCUUCGAGGCUGCCAACGUCGAAAGGGCGAGGCUCGAAGAGCAAGAACGUGUGACCAGAAAAGGUAGUGAUCCUGUGCACGAUGAGCCAGAUGAACCGCCUCGGCUUUCUCAGCCGCCUCCGUCAUUCGAGAGAGUCAAAAAGAUAAAGAAACCUCUGGUGCCCGGAUUGGUACGCAAGACCGAGCCUACGACAAUACUCAAGCAACAGCCCGCUCCAGUUCCCGCAAAGCCGCCCACUCUCGGCUUAGGCGACUACGACUCUGACGACGAUUGA